AUACAGAGAAACCAGAAAGGUAGCUUGAAGGUCAUAGCUGUUAAAAGAAAAGAUUUUUCUUCAUAGAACGUGGAAAGCUCAUUUGGAUACUAUAUUUUGUUAAUAAUGGCAAUUGACGGGAGCUUUCAUCUUCAUUUUGAGCUCGAGAGGUUUCUUUCUCGAUGCCCAAGGCUUGCUUCUAUACCCGAAUUUGACUACUUAUUAAAGAAGGCAGACAAGGUGACAGAAGAAGAGGUGGUGAAGGCAGUGGGGGAAAUAUUCCUGCACCCAAAUUAUACUAUCCCGUUGGUGGGAUGUUUCCGUCCUAUAGUGCAUAAGAUCGUGGAAAGGACUGUUUCAUUGCUUCAUUUGGUGCCUGACUUAAGGUCAAAUUCAGAUGAUUCCAUGGUAGAAUUUAACGAGGAUAAUGUCCUUAGAGAAGAUGAAGAUUUGGACAAUACUGAGUUUAUGCAUGUUGUUGAUGUAUAUGCAAGAAGUGGGAAGGGCUUGAAUCUCCACGAGCUUGCUUGUCUAGCUUUUUGUCGGGCAUUAGAUAUGGUCCCUUUUCUACUCCGGCUUGUGUUGGAUUAUUUUCAAUUUGCACCCCCGCCAUUUGAAAGGAUUAAGUUAACAAAAUAUUCUUUCAAGGAACUGGCUAUGGGAGGAAGCCAAUUGCUGAAUGUGGUACGAGCUUCAUAUCGUCUCCUUUUAGCAGCACCAGGAGUUUUCACCACAUUUUGGGACUGGUCCUCUUUCUUGGACAUCGUACAACUGCUUGCAGAUAUUGAACAUGAGGAUGAGGAGUUGAAGAGGAACCUACAGGACCUGAGGUGGUGCAGUGUUCAAAUACUAUCCAUGGUUCUAAAGACAAGGGAUAGAGCAUCUUCAAACUUUGGGCUUCGCUCUGGAGAAGCAUUUUUGUGUUUAUUGCGCUGGCAAGAAUUUUGUCAAGAUAUAGCAUUGGAGAGAGCGGGCUGGUAUCUUGGAAUUUCUGCUGGAAGACAACUGGAUGCAAUGACUGAUAACCUUAGUCCUGAUCUUAAGAAUUUCAGCAAUAGUUUGCCUGUAUUUGCUUCAGAAUUUCAUGACUUUUUACCAGCAAAUUGGAGCAUCAGCAACGUGACAUGGAGAAAUACAAAGCCUUUCGUCUUGACAGAUGCACUGAAGAAAAGUUUUGAGAUGGUAGCUCUAGCUGUGAGUCAGAGAUGGCCUGUUCUUUUAUAUGGCCCUGCUGGUUCUGGAAAAACUGCACUUAUUAACAAGUUGGCCCAGGAACAGGGAAUCCAAGUAUUGUCUAUUCACAUGGAUGAGCAAAUGGAUGGAAAAACAUUGCUUGGAAGUUAUGUUUGUACAGAGCAACCUGGUGAGUUCAGAUGGCAGCCAGGUUCUCUUACACAGGCUGUUUGCAAUGGAUUUUGGGUUGUUGUUGAGGAUGUUGACAAAGCGCCUCCUGAUGUUCAAUCCAUCUUGUUGCCUUUAUUGGAGGGCGCAAGUUCAUUUAUUACUGGCCAUGGGGAGGCAAUAAGGGUGCAUGAGGGUUUUCGACUGUUCGCCACUGUGACUAGCUCAAAGUUGGACAUAUCAUCAAUCACAGAAGGAAAGAACGCAGUUGCUGCUCUUUGGCAUAGAGUGAUGGUUGGAGCCCCAGGAGAAAGUGAUUUGCUAAAUAUUGUGAGUGGAUGGUAUCCUGAAUUGGAUCCGCUGGCUGGAAAACUUGUAGAAACCUUUGCAAAGAUGAACCACCUAGCAGGAUUUCAAUUUGGGACUACUGCCUUUUCUGGUUCUCAUGGCAGGUUUUCGUUGAGAGAUCUUCUGAAAUGGUGCAGGAGAGUUGCAGGGUUGGGUUUAACCUUUCUUGGAGAUGGUCUGUCAUCUUUUGCUUGCAGUAGCAUCUAUAAAGAGGCUGUAGAUAUUUUUGCUGCCUUCGUAACUUCCACUGAAAACCGGUUAGCUUUGAUGAAAGAGAUUGCAAAAUUGUGGACAGUUCCCGUUGUGGAGACUUUGUAUCCUGUCAAUAAACCCGUGAUCCAAGAUCUGCGGAUUGAUUUACGUAUUGGGCGUAUUACCCUUAACCGUAUGCAAAUGGGAUUGGAUCAUGAUAAGAAGCCAUUUGUUGAGAUUCGCAGUUCAGUUCAUGUUCUUGAGAGAAUAGCUUGCUCUGUUAGGUUUAAUGAGCCUGUCCUUUUGGUUGGUGAAACUGGUGCUGGGAAAACCACCCUUGUGCAAAAUCUGGCUGCGAGAAUUGGUCAGAAACUUACAGUUUUGAAUUUGAGCCAGCAAAGUGACGUUGCAGAUUUGUUAGGGGGUUUCAGACCCAUUGAUGCUCAGUCUGUACUGAUUCCUCUAUAUAAAGAGUUCGAGAAUCUUUUUGUUGGUACAUUUCCAUCAAAGGAUAAUGGAGAAUUUUUGGCGCGCUUAAGGAAAUUUAUAGUUGACAAGAACUGGAAGAUGUUAGUAAAUGGUUUCCAGAAAGGGGUUAGAAAAAUUGUUGAAAUAGGAAGAUGUGGGUCGGGUAACAAACGCAAGAGGCCUUUAGGGGAGGAAGUGUUGAGAGGUUGGGAAAACUUUUCUUUGAAACUCGAGAGAGCUUAUGCACAAAUUAGUGGUUCAGGUGGAAUGAUAUUUUCAUUUGUAGAAGGAGCUUUUGUGACUGCACUUAAAAAUGGGGAGUGGAUACUGCUGGAUGAGGUAAAUUUAGCUCCUCCAGAAACUUUGCAGCGAAUUAUUGGUGUUCUUGAAGAAGAGAAAGGGUCAUUGUGUUUGGCUGAAAGAGGUGACAUCGACUAUAUACCUAGGCAUCCCAACUUCCGGAUAUUUGCCUGCAUGAAUCCUGCAACUGAUGCAGGUAAGAGGGAUUUACCAUUCUCAUUGAGGGGCAGAUUUACAGAAUAUUUCGUUGAUGAUGUGUUGGAUGAUGAUGAUCUAGUCUUGUUUAUAAGUCAGUAUAUGGAUGAUGUUCAUUCAAAUAGUGCUUUGGUAAGUAAGAUAGUGCAGUUUUACAAAGCAGCAAGGAAGGAAUCUGAUGAAAGGCUGCAGGAUGGUGCCAACCAGAAGCCACAGUACAGUUUGAGGUCUCUUUACCGUGCUUUAGAAUACACCAGGAAGGCAAGAAGGAAAUUUGGAUUUCAAAAAGCUUUAUAUGAUGGGUUUUGUAUGUUUUUCCUGUCUCUGCUGGAUGAACCUAGUGCCAAGUUGAUGAACCAAUUGAUAUUGUCAUGCCUAUUAGGAGGAAAAGUACCUCAACAUGUUCCUUUUGAUGCUUACUUGAUGGUUAGUGGAAAUUCAUGCUCAGAUCCUUUGUUGGAGAGCUAUGUUCUGACGAAGAGUGUCAAAGAGCAUCUUAGUAACCUUGCCCGUGCCAUAUUUGUUGGAAAAUAUCCUGUCUUGUUGCAAGGACCAACAUCUAGUGGGAAGACCAGCCUAGUUCAGUAUCUAGCUGCAAUAACUGGACAUGAAUUUGUAAGGAUCAACAAUCACGAGCAUACUGAUCUUCAGGAGUACCUAGGAUCUUAUAUCACUGAUUCUAAUGGAAGGCUUGUUUUUCAUGAGGGUGCACUUGUUAAGGCUAUUCGAAAUGGUCAAUGGAUAGUUCUGGAUGAGCUUAACCUGGCUCCCUCUGAUGUAUUGGAAGCACUGAACCGAUUGCUUGAUGACAACAGGGAACUUUAUAUACCUGAGCUACGUGAAGUUGUCCGUGCACAUCCAGGUUUUAUGCUUUUUGCUACUCAAAAUCCACCUAAUAUCUAUGGUGGGCGUAAAAUGCUUUCUCGUGCAUUUCGCAACCGUUUUGUGGAGAUCCAUGUUGAUGAAAUUCCAGAGGAUGAGUUGAGCACAAUACUGGAAAAGAGGUGCAAAAUUCCUGCAAGCUAUGCUAAGAAAAUGGUUGACGUCAUGAAGGAGUUGCAAUUGUACAGGCAAAGUAGUAAGGUUUUUGCUGGCAAACAAGGAUAUAUCACUCCACGUGACUUGUUUAGGUGGGCAAAUCGUUUCAGAGUAUUUGGAAGCAGUUAUGAAGAUCUAGCCCGUGAUGGUUAUUAUCUACUGGCUGAAAGGCUACGCGAUGAGAAGGAGAGGAGAGUUGUUCAAGAAGUUUUGGAAAGACACCUACCUUUUAACCUUGCUGAGAAUGAGAUGUACAAUCUGGAUGCACUAGAUGGAGAGAAGAUUGUCUGGACUCGUAGCAUGUGCAGAUUAUAUUUUCUGGUUGAGCGUUGCUACAAAUUGCGUGAACCUGUUCUCCUUGUCGGUGAAACUGGUGGUGGGAAAACAACUGUUUGUCAAUUGCUUAGCGUUCUAUUGCAGUCCAAGUUACACAUUUUGAAUUGCCAUCAAUAUACAGAGACGUCUGAUUUUCUUGGGGGCUUCUAUCCUGUACGUGAGAGGUCAAGAAUUGCGACAGAGUUCAAAGCUCUAUGCCAUGAGUUAAUCUGUUCCAAGGCUUUUAUCAGUUGUUCUGGUGAAGUUGAGAUUUCUUCCGAUAUUAAUCAAGCUUCUCUGACUCUGGAUAAAAUCUCUCUGAUUAUCAAUGGUUACAGAGAAGGUCGAUUUUCCCAUCCUCAUGUCACCCUAGAUGAACUUGAGUACAUAGUGAAGAUUAAUGCAGGCUUAGCUGAGCUGCAUAAUAAGUGGCAGACCAUCUUUAUAUGGCAAGAUGGACCUCUAGUAGAAGCAAUGAAGAAUGGCGAUUUGUUUCUUGUGGAUGAAAUUUCUUUGGCUGAUGAUAGUGUGCUUGAGAGAUUGAACAGUGUUUUAGAACCAGAAAGGAAGCUGUCAUUGGCCGAGAAAGGAGGCUGUAAUUUGGAAACAAUCACUGCUGAUCCAAACUUCUUUGUGCUUGCAACAAUGAAUCCUGGCGGUGACUAUGGUAAGAAGGAAUUAUCACCUGCCCUUCGCAACCGAUUUACUGAAAUAUGGGUUCCUUCUGUCAGUGAGUUAAAUGAGCUUAGAUCCAUCGGUCUUGAGAGAAUUUCAAAUCCACAACUAACUUGGAUCGUGGAUGUCAUGCUUAAUUUUUGGGAAUGGUUUAAUCAUCUUGAAACUGGGAGAAUGCUUACAGUCAGAGAUUUUUUAUCCUGGGUAGCUUUUGUCAACAUGAGAGAGGAAUCUUUACCACAUGCGGAUGCAUUGUUACAUGGGGUAUUCCUUGUUUUGAUUGAUGGAAUAAGUUUAGGUACAAAUUUAUCAAAACUUGAGGCUGUGGACUUGAGGAAGAAAUGCCUUUCUUUUCUUCUGAAACAACUAGAGGAAUUCAACUGCAGCUUGAACCACCCUAAUCUCUCCUCUCUGGAGUAUUAUGGGUGGGCUGAUCCUGGUAAUUCUGCUGAUACACCAGUCCCAGAAAAUGAUAGCAUGCAAUGCGACAAUCGUUUCGGCAUCUACCCGUUCUACAUUGGAAUAGGUAACAAUAAUUGUCAAGUAAGGGGAUUUGAGUUUCUUGCACCAACUACUCGAAGAAAUGCACUGCGCGUGCUCCGUGCUUUGCAGCUUGCUAAGCCAGUUCUGUUAGAAGGCAGUCCGGGUGUUGGUAAGACCAGUUUAGUUGUUGCCAUAGGGAAGUUCUCUGGGCACUUUCCUUUCAUGAGUGACUGUUCUUUUUUAUACUGAUCCUUAACGUGGAGUGACCAUUUGACUCGUAAAAUAAUUUGUAAUAAUUAGGGUUUGAAUGCUAUUCUGGACCAUCGGGCUGAGGUCUUCAUCCCUGAGUUAGGUGCGACUUUCAAAUGCCCUGCAUCUUUUAGAGUUUUUGCUUGUCAGAAUCCUUCUUAUCAGGGUGGAGGGAGGAAAGGUCUACCAAAGUCAUUCCUGAACCGAUUUACCAAGGUUUACAUUGAUGAGCUCAUUGAGGAUGACUACAUAUCCAUAUGUACCUCACUGUACCCAUCAAUCCCUCGAUCUAUUCUUUGGAAGCUGGUUUUGUUUAAUAAACAACUUUAUGAAAAUACAAUGUUGUAUCACAAAUUUGCUCAAGAUGGUUCUCCGUGGGAGUUUAAUCUCAGAGAUGUUAUUCGUUCAUGCGAGUUGAUACAAGGUGCACACGAGAAUUUCCAAUCUGAUUGCUUCUUGAAUACAAUUUAUGUGCAAAGAAUGCGCACUCCAACUGAUAGAUUAGAAGUCAUAAAGUUGUAUGAACAGGUUUUUGGGCUUAAACCUUGCAUAAAUCCAUUUCCACGAGUGCAAAUCAAUCCUCAGUAUUUAGUCAUUGGAAACAUCUCUAUCCAAAGGAAUCCUUAUCAUGCUUGUGGAUUUUUUAAUGGUGAACUCAAAAUUUUGCCUGGGUUUCUUAGUAGUUUGGAGGCUAUCACUCAUUGCAUAGGGCAUCAGUGGUUGUGCAUAUUAGUUGGUCCACCUUCGUCUGGCAAGACUUCUUUGAUAAGAUUACUUGCUGAGCUCACGGGCCAUGUGCUUAACGAGUUAAAUCUUUCGUCUGCAACUGAUACAUCUGAACUACUGGGAUGCUUUGAGCAACAUAAUGCCUUACGCAAUUAUCGUACAAUUAUUGCUGUGGUUGAACGAUACAUGAGCGAGUAUUCCAGCCUGCAGUUAGAAUCUUCCACCGGGGAAUUUAUCAGACAAAAAGACCUCUAUAGUGAAUGGCUUGCCUUCUUAUCAAGCAUUGAUUAUGAUCCUACAAGAAGUUCUGCAUCUGCAAAUAUUGAAGCUUGGAGAACUAAAUGCUUUGAUUCUGUUCCUUUGCUCAUUGAGAUUAUAGAGAAUCUUAAGUUUGAAGUUGAGAAAAAAAAAUUACAAUUAUCUUGGUCAUGUAGGGAUCUUGAUAGAACUCUUAUGGCAAUCAAAAAAUUGCAAGAAAGUUCUUUGAGAAGGCAGUACUCUGCAAAGUUUGAGUGGGUAACUGGAGUACUUAUUAAGGCUAUAGAAAAUGGAGAAUGGAUAGUUCUGGAGAAUGCAAAUCUUUGCAACCCAACGGUUCUUGACAGAAUUAACUCCUUGGUUGAGCAGUCAGGAUCUAUCACUGUGAACGAGUGUGGAACUGUGGAUGGGAAUCCAGUGGUUCUCCAUCCUCAUCCUCAAUUUCGAAUGUUCCUGACCGUCAAUCCCAGCUUUGGUGAGGUUUCCCGAGCAAUGCGAAAUCGAGGGGUUGAAAUUUAUCUAAUGAAGCCCUUUUGGUUGCAUGAAGGGAAAUGCAACAGCUAUAUUGAUGAGGCUGAGCUUAGAGAUGCGAAAAGGUUUAUUAUCUUCUCUGGCAUUACAUUUAGUAAGCUGGUAGACAUGAUGGCUAAAGCACACAGUUAUGCUAAGAAUGAAGGUGCAAGGUUUGAUGUCCACAUUACAUACCUGGAACUUGCGCGCUGGGUGCAGUUAUUCAAGCGGCUUAUUACAAGUGGCAAUCAACCUAUUUGGAGUCUCCAAGUUAGUUGGGAGCAUACAUAUCUUUCUUCUUUGGGUGAGGUUGAAGGGAAAGAUGUUGUUACUCAUGCAAUCAGCUCUUAUUUGUCAGAGACGAAUUUGUCUAGGAUUGAUAAAUUUCAAGAUUCAUUAAUCUGUCUGCCUGGUGGAUGGCCAUCACCCAUGAAUACGAGGGAUUUCGUACUUUAUUCCAAGGAGACUUGUGUGAGACGAAAUUGCAUGUAUUUGGAGUUCCUGGGGGUUCAGGCAUCAUAUUCCUUUUGUUUUAGUACAUGUUCAGAAGAACAAGCUGUAAUUGCUAGUGGCUCAGAGAGAAUUUACUUGAUGGAUGUGAGAAGAUUGUAUUAUAUGAUGUUUCCCAAUGCCUCAAUGGAUAUGGUUUUAAAUCAGGUGGUGCAGAAACAAUUCAACUUGGACUUAGCCAGGAAAAUGCUAUUCUUUGCAGCUAAUUGGACAAUAGAGCAGGCCGUGGAAAGUGAUAUUGAGCUAUACCUUUGCUGGUUCAGUUGGUUUGGUUCUCAUGUAGAACCAUUUUGUACAUUUUUUAGUUCUUUUGUUGAUACCCUAAAAGAGGAGCUAAAGCACCCUGUUUGGGACCGGAUAUUCCAUUGCCGUCGGGAGCUCUUGUCUCGUAACUCAGUCAAUUUGGAAGCGUUCCCUAUCCCAAUUCUUUCAGUGGAUUUGGUUGGUUUGUCAGCUUCUAAUGACGAGGUAAAAUCUUAUGCUGGAUUUCUGAUGAAUUCCAUUAAGUGUGUGGGCUUAGUCAGACUUACCUAUGAGCAGUGGAGACUGGAGAGACAGCAUGUCCACAGUCAGAGAACGAAGUAUUUUGAGCCUCUGUUGCUUGCUUUGCAAGUAGUGGAAAAGCAAGUCCUUAAUUUACUUGUUGUCUCACAGUCUUUUGAUGUGCUUUUCCAAUUAUACAAUGGCCUCCUUGAAAAUCACAUGCUGUUCUGGAAUGGCAUCAUAUCUUCUCAUUUUGAGUCCAUUUUAAUUUCUUGGCGAUCUUUGUUGAAGAGUAUUUCAAGAAUGCACGAAUUUUUCCCAAAAGAAGUGGAUAAUUUUCUGAAGGAAAUAAGAAAUGUGGAUCCUGCGUUCUCUGAUUCUUUGAGAUCGCAAAAGUCAUUACUCUGGGUGCAUGGUGGUCAUCCCUAUAUGGCCCCUUCUGAAGAUGUAUAUCAGAAGCAGUGUCAACUUAUAAGCCUCUGUGAAAUGGUAUGGCCAAGAAAGAGACAAUUUUGGGAGCAAACUGGAAGUGAUAUACCUGCUGAAGCUGUUUUAUAUUUCAACUCAGAACUUCGCUUCCUUGCUAUGCAAGGUGUUUCCAUGUCAGCAUAUAUUAUUGGCAAUGCUGAAGAACACUUCCAUAUUGUUCAGCAUUUGGAGGAAACAUAUCAGUUGCUUUUGCGAAGAUUAGAAUUUGAGAAAUGCAAGUUGAACGCGAAUGUAAAGACUUCUGAGGACGCAUCGUGGCAGGAAAAUUUGUCCAUCUGUUGUAGUUUCCCUCCUAAUUUGUUAUGCAGAAGGAGGUCAGGUCUUGAUAGUUGGUUGGAUGAGCUGCCUAUACGCGAUGACACAAGUUUUUACCACGAUAUGGUGCUACUUAGUGAGCUAGCAAGGAUUGUCAUACUUGAUGUCAAGGAACAGCAUCAGGCUUUAUCCAACUUGACUGGCCAUAUGGAACGUGCUUUAAAUUUUUCAUUGAACUUCUCAUCACGGUCUCCGAUGGACCUCAUACCACACCAGAAGAUUUUAUGGACUGUGGAUGCAUGGUUCUCUGUCCCAGCUGUAAAUGCUAAACUUGCUAGUUUUGUACUUGAGAUGUGGUUCAGGUGGCACAGAUUUUUGUGGAUGCACUAUCCUGCUCUGGCUGAUGAUUCUGCUAGACAUUAUGCUAAUGGUAUUUUACUACCUAGUAGGCUUUCCCGGACUCUGAAAAGUGAAACUGUAGAGCGGAUUCUGCGGAAUGUAUUUUCUGUUGGAGAUUAUCCUUUGCACAGCUUGAAACUUAGAGUUGCCUCACGUGAUCUAUGGCAAGGUGGUCCCAGUGCAGUUGACAUAAAAGAUCUCCUUCUAUCUAAUGCCCAGUCUCUCUUUGAGCAGAUUAUAUAUUCUCAUAGAAAGUCAUUCUCAACAGAUAAUUUUACCAAAAUUAAGUACUUCUUCAGUUUGGCUCUGGCAAAGACCAUUACCCUAGAUGAUAUAGAUAAUGUGGUUUCUCUCCUUGCUUCUUCAAAUCACAGCAUAUUCACAUCCUUGCUUGGCGCUUUGAUCCAGCCAGUUCUCAGUGUACUUUAUACUCCCUGUGCCCAUAACUCAGAUUAUGUUCUCGGAUGUGCAUGGUUAAGGAUUGGGGGUUUAAGGUAUCAUCUGUUAACUCUUUGUAAUGAUCCUGAUCCUGCUGUUAAAUAUUCAAUAAAGUACUCACAAUUGAUGGAAAAAAUUGAUUCACUUGAGCUUGAAAUUGGGGUAAGGAGGGAGUGCGUCCUUUUGGCAGGAUCCUUCCAGUUGAGAAAAUGUGAUGAUUAUAGAGAACAGUUGUUGGAAAAUCUUCGUGCUGAUCAGAAAUCGAUGCAAAGACGGAUGAUAUUCCGCUCUGAUCCUGGAAAGUAUAAGAAGUUGAAACAUGAGCUUGAUGAGUUUCGUAAUGAUACAGCUUCUGUUAGUUGGAUAAACAAUAUCUUGAGCAUGCAUGUUGAACAAAUAAUUGACCAAAUUCAGAAUUGGCAGGAAAAGGCUUCAAGUUUUAUUGAGCGAUUGUCAGAUGAGUACUCUGCAUAUGGUGAUGUUAUUGAACCAGUUCAGGUUGCAAUAUAUGAAAUGAAGUUAGGCUUAUCACUUGUUCUUUCAACUGCCUUGGCUAAAAAGAUUCUAGAGAGGAUAGGGCAGCAAGAUAUGGAAUUCGUUUUGUCUACAGUUUAUUCUUUUAUGAGAUUCCCAAGAACGUUUUCUUCAAAAGCUGUUAAGAUUCAGAACUGGCAAAAGAAGCUUACUUCCUGUAAAAUUGAAUUACCUUCUAACAUUGGGGCAUUGGAUUUGAAGCUUCUUGAAAAUCUAAUUACUAUCAGUAGGGAUUUCAAUUCAGAGAGAGUGAUCUCUGUCAUAUAUUUCAGAAUUGCCAUCUAUAAGAAUGUUCUUGUUCGGAUUACACAAUUCAUUUCUGAGGUCCAUCUUUUGGAUAAUGCAUCCUUUAGACUAUUGGAUAAAAUAUUUGGUGAGAUUGCAAGCUGUUGGAUGGAUAUGAAACUUCAACUGAAGGAAAAGGAACAUGAUGAAGCUCAACAAUUCAAGUUCAGACCCCGUGCAAUUAAGGUGGAGAACAUAAUUGAGAUUGAUAUAUCGACUCUACAAAGUUCUGUUGCAAGUGACAGUUUCACAGAGUGGCAGGAAUUGUUUGCUGGAGAAGAAUCAACAGAAAAGAACAGACUUGAUGAGGUUCACGAGAGUUUGGAGGAAGAGUGGAACAUCUUAGAGGAAUCGGUUUUAAAUGACAUAGUUGAUAUCCAUAAUCAACUAUUUGGCUCUGUGGAUCUUUGUAGAAAUCCUGGAAUUGUUAAGGUAGCUGAUGAGCAAAAAUUAUCUGCCUUCAUUGACUCUUACUCACUGGGAUUAAGAAUGAUCAGAAGUUUAGAGGGUAUAAUUUCUUCUAAUUUUGAUUCUAAGCUUAUACCAGAACACAUACUUCGCAUCUGCUUGGAGAAAGAAAACCUGUUUAUCACUCCCCAUAAACCUGGUCGUUCAUACAAUUUUUACAAGGAUUCAAAUCCCUCUAUGAUGGCUAAAAUGGUGGAGCCACUUGCACAGCUUAAGCAGCGCAUACUUGUGCUUUUACACGAGUGGGAUGGUCAUCCUGCUUUUCAGAAGAUUGUGGAUGCUAUUGAUAUGGUUUUGUCUAUACCUCUAAGUACUCCUGUUGCCAAAGUUCUUUCAGGCUUGCAAUUUUUGCUGAACAAGGUGUGGACAUUGCAGGCAACUGUCGCAAAAAUUCCUCUUUCAGAUUAUCUGAAACCAAUAUUUGCUAUGGUCUCUUCAUUGCAGAAGUUGGAAUUUGAAUCUUGGCCUGCCUUGCUUGAUGACGUUCAAGUACAGUUUGAAGUUAAUGCUGGGAGGUUGUGGUUUCCAUUAUAUUCUGUUCUUCAGCGUCAUUAUUCAGCUGUAGAUAAUGAUUAUGAUGGAAAAACCAUACAGAGUUUGGACGAUUUUAUACACAUGUCUAGCAUUGGUGAAUUUAAAAGACGUCUCCAACUAUUGCUUGCCUUUCAUGGCCAACUCCAUAAUGGUCAAUGUCAGGGAUCGUAUUCAAGUCUUUUCCAAGUGAAACUUGUGAAGAUUUUGUACAAUACAUUUGGAUUUUAUGUGCAAUUCUUGCCAAAGAUUUUGGAACAUAUUGGAGCUAACAGAAGAACUAUUGAGACGGAGUUGAAAGAUCACCAGAAAUUGUGUCGGUGGGAGCACACUGAGGACUAUCUUAGCAUAGAAAACUCAAGAAGAGCCCGCCAAAAGUUGAGGAAGAUAGUAGACAAGUACACUGACCUAUUAAAUCAACCUGUUGCACUUUUCCUCAUCCAAGAAGUUGCAAGAAAUGGUGUGAGCCAACCAAUGCAAGGCCCACAGCUCAGCCCAGUCUACUCUUACGACAGUAACAGAAAGCUUCUCGAUGUUAUCUGCAAUCAGACCAAGUUUAGAGAUGAGGACAGCCAAAAGAAAGCUAAGCUGCUUUUACAAGCUUCACAUCUUGUGAGGAAGGUUGAGGUUGAUAUCUCAAAUGUUUCGCUGGAGGAUAUCAGAGAGGUAACAAGCCUCAUCAAAAAUAUUUUGCCUUCCCAGCUCCUGCUGGAAAAGGGAAACCAAAUCCUGGAUACAAUCUGGACAGUUUGCAGCUCAGUUAUUCACUGCGGUGAUCUUUGGAAGGAUGAGAACAAACAUUUCGGGAAGAGGAGAGCUUUUUCUGAUCUUCUAAAGCUCUUAGAAAGUUGUGGAUUAUCAAAGCAUAGGUCAACUUUCAUGGAGGAUCAGUUCAAUGACAAAAAAUUCAGAUAUUGGCUGCUUCAGCCAUCCUAUGAUGUGCAGCAUCUACUAAUGCAAGGCGGUGCCUCUUAUGGGGAUGUGAACAUUGCAGCUUCAAGCAACCUUAAGAGUUUGUCUUCUGGAAGUUUAGAGAGCGAAUGGAAAACAGCUAACAAAUUCUACUUCAGUGGCCUUGCAUCAAUGCAUGUUGUGGAGCAAAUUUGCCUGAAUUUCCAUAAAGAUUUUACUCUGGAGCAGGUUAAAAGGUCCUGUUCUUUCCUUGAUCACCUCAUUGCAAUUCAACAAGAUCAACGUGCUGCUGCCUAUCAUUUUUCGGAGGAACUUAAAGAUCUGAGAGAAUGUCUUUGGCCUUUAGCAAAUUUGUUCCCAGACUCUUUUCUGGGACCAGCCAGUUGUGAAUGGUCCUUUCCUGAGAACCAAAAUGUCAUAUUUAAUUGCAUGUGGCAGCAGAAGCAACUUCUUGACAAUUUGUCUACCAUGAUAUCUGAAGUGCAAUUGUUGGUACAAAAGGUAGAGCAUAAUCACUUAAACUCCUGUUCCAACGUCAAAGAUACAGCUAAGCAGAUUUUUUGCAUCAUUGAGAAAUUUGUCCCGGAGCUUCAGAGCUCUAAGGGUCUGCUGGAUCUUCAUCUUCUUGGCGAUAACAGAGCUAAAGCCACUUGUGAAGCUUUACUGCUUCCAUAUGGUGUUACAAAACAAAUGGAACAAUUGGUAAAUGACAACUUCAAGUGGAUAAGAACAUUUAAGGACAACCUCAGUGCUUUUAGCAGGGAAGACAGGGAGGGAGCAACAGUUAAAGCAAUAUUACUUGGACACUUCGAAGAGGUUUUUGAGAAGGCUAGUUUCAUGGCCGAACAGUAUAGUUCUGAUUUGAAAGCAAGAAAGCAAUCAGAAAAUGUUUCUGAAGAUGCCAACCUUCAUAUAGAAAACACUAUUGGAGUGGGCUUCCUGGAUCCAUUUAAGGAAAUAUAUAGAAGUAUAUCAGAUGCAUUCCAUGUGAUGCUCUCACAGAAGAAUGGACCUGUUUUUGGUGAAGAGUCACCAAGCAAUAUUAGUGAAUGGAAAAGCUUUUUCGAAGCAGAUACUCAACGCUUGAAGUUGGACUUUAUCUGUGACAAAUUGGUGCAGAUAACUAAUAAUGCUGGAGAGCAGCUGAACCAUUGCAGUAAGACAAAUACAUGCUCUCUUUUUCAAGCACAUUUGAGGAUUCUAUACUCAUUGUUAAACGUGAUCUUGGCCUUUGGUGAUGGUCUUCUGCAUGAUUUUCUCAAUAUGCAUAGGAUGGUCUCAGUCAUGACUUAUGUGCUUGCAGAGAUUUUUGCUUUGUUAUUUGCAAAAGGAUUUGGCAUUCCAGAAGACCAAGUUAAGGAAUCUGAAUGUGAAACAAGACAAGAUGCUAGUGGAACCGGUAUGGGUGAGGGUGCAGGACUAAAUGAUGUCAGUGAUCAGAUAAAUAAUGAAGAUCAACUUCUUGGGACUUCUGAAAAGAAUUGUGAGGGGCAGGAUGGUUUAAGUGAUCCUCCAAGUAGAAGUGAUAAAGGAAUAGAGAUGGAACAUGAUUUUGGUACUGAUGUCCUUAGUGUUAAUGAGGAACCUAUGGAUGAUUAUGGUGGCAGUGGAGACGAGCAAUUGGAAUCUGCAAUGGGGGAAACUGGUGCUGAUAGUGAAAUUGCUAAAGAGAAACCCUGGGAGAAGAGUGAUGAUGAAAAUCCCAUGGGCAUGGAAGAGAAGUAUGAGUCUGGGCCACCAGUGGAAGACUAUGAAACUAAUGAUAGGGAGCUUCGAGCUAAGCAAGAUCCAGUUUCUGUUGAUGAAGCUGGGGAGAACAAUCCUGAAGAAUUUGACAAAAAAGAUGUGGAAAAUGGAGAAGAAGCUGCUCCUGACGGCAAGGAAGAUGCGAUGAUGGACAAAGACAAUGCAUACUCAGAUCCUAGUGGGUUGAAGAUUGAUGAGCCAAACCAAGAUUUUGAUGAAGAUGAAGCAAACGGAACUGAACUCAUGGAAGAUCAUGUAAUGGAAGAACUACAAGAUCCAGCUGACAGUGAGAACGAGGAGGAAAAGGAUGUUGAAAUGGAUGGAACUUUGGAUGAGAAAGGUUCUAACAAUUUGACAGACAGCCAAGAAAGUGAUCAUGAAAAUGAUACAAUGGGCUCUGGGGAGCCAAAGGAACCUCUGCAAAUGGGAACUUCUGAGCAAAUGAAUGAUGAUAUUUCAACUUUGCAAUCUGCAAAUAAACCAAAUGCAGAAUCUAGUGCUGUAGGUUUGGGUGAUGUUGUACCAGAAGCAAAAUGGUCAGAUGCCAGUGAUGUUCAAGAUGAUCUUGCUCCUAUCAGAGGCUUACCUGAUUCCUCUGCCAUUGAACUUCCUGUUACUGACACAUCAAAUGGUAGCAAACUAGGCAAUAGUCGUUUUGAUGCGCCUAUGCCACUAAGGGAAGACUCAAUUCAGAAAACAAAACCAAAUCCUUUGCGUAGUGUUGGAGAUGCACUUGAUGGAUGGAAAGAACGAGUUAAAGUGUCUAUGGAUCUUGAGGAAAAUGUCAAUGACACUGGUGAUUUCAAUGAGGAAAAUGCAAAUGAAUAUGGAUACACUGCUGAAUUUGAGAAGGGAACAGCCCAAACACUUGGACCAGCAACAAAUGACCAGAUUGACAAAAAUAUGAGUGGAAAGGAUCUGGAAAAAGAUACUGAAACUAAAGGAGUAGACCAUGGCAUUGAUAUGGAGUUUGAAAAUCAGCCAUCUGACAGACAACAUAUGCUGAGUUCGGCUUUGAAUCAUGGAAAUGAUUUGGAAAGACAAUCAGAAAGCUUGGACUUAGGGAAGCAUUCAGAGGAAUCUUCAGGACUUCAUGGGAAUCAUGAUGAGGACACGAGGUUAUCACAGAGUUUGGUGUCUAUCAAUAGGUCUUACUUGACUGAGGACAUAAAUCAACUCAGCAAGCUUUCUGUGAGUGAUGACGAGCUUGGUAAGGCCAAUUUUCUUGAAGAAAUUUCCAGUGAUGUGAGACAUAAUGCUGCUACAGUGUGGAGAAGAUAUGAACUACUCACUACAAGAUUGUCACAAGAGUUGGCUGAACAGCUCCGGCUUGUCAUGGAACCCACUUUAGCUAGCAAGCUCCAGGGUGAUUACAAGACUGGCAAAAGGAUUAACAUGAAGAAGGUGAUUCCUUAUAUUGCAAGUCAUUACCGUAAAGACAAAAUAUGGCUAAGGAGGACACGGCCAAAUAAACGCAAUUACCAGGUGGUCAUUGCUGUGGAUGAUUCCCGUAGUAUGCAGGAAAGUCGUUGCGGAGAUGUAGCUAUUGAAGCUUUGGUCACAGUUUGUCGUGCAAUGUCUCAAUUGGAAGUUGGUAACUUAGCUGUUGCAAGCUUUGGGAAGAAGGGCAACAUAAGAUUGCUCCAUGAUUUUGAUCAGCCAUUUACUGGAGAAGCUGGUAUAAAGAUGAUCUCAAGCUUGACAUUUAGUCAAGAGAAUACAAUAGCUGAUGAACCAGUAGUUGAUCUAUUGAAAUAUUUGAACAAUAUGCUGGAUGCUGCAGUAGCAAAUGCACGACUACCUUCAGGACAUAAUCCCCUGCAGCAACUUGUUUUGAUAAUUGCAGAUGGCAGGUUCCAUGAGAAGGAAAACCUUAAACGUUGUGUGAGAGAUAUCUUGAGUAGAAAACGUAUGGUUGCAUUUUUGUUACUGGAUAGCCCUGAAGAGUCAAUCAUGGACCUGAUGGAAGCAACAUUUCAAGGUGGAAAUGUCAAGUUCUCCAAGUAUUUAGAUUCCUUUCCUUUCCCGUAUUAUGUGGUUCUGAAGAACAUUGAGGCACUACCUAGAACACUUGCUGAUCUAUUGAGACAAUGGUUUGAGCUUAUGCAAUAUUCUAGGGACUAAAUAUAUGGGAGUGCCAAUGUCGUGAUAGUAACUGGUGCUGAUCGGUGAUAGAUCAUACAAACUUCAUCUACCCAGCACCCCUCUUCCUCUUACGUGGUUCGGGAGAGACAUCUUGCUGGCUCGAGGCAGUCGACGAACGAUUAAGAACUAAUGAUAGUGAAUGGGCUUUGUUCCGCAUGAUGCUGUCCACUGGCGGAAAUGCAGUGGCUCGCAGAGGUGAAGACGAAGCUAAGGGUGCCUUCUUGUGUAUGUGGUUCGGUCAGUCUGGUGGUUAGCAUGAACCACCCCGUGCAGUCUGGGCUUCGUGAGGCUCAUUCAGAGUACUUGGGACUUCUGCAAACGGGAGAGGGAAAGAGGAUGUACCACACUUUCCUGGAUGGACUCCUGACGUAUACGGUCAUCGAGAAAUUCCGACCUCUGUCUCUGAGGAGUCCUUUCUAAAAUUAACAUUUUAGGUUUCACAUUGAGUCAGUCGUCGUUUAAGAGUUGCUAUAUGCACGUCGAAGGCGAUUAAGAAGUUCGAUGCUGCUGUCUCCUUGGAAAAAAAAGGCUGAAUGGUUUUGUUUGUAACCGACCAAAUUUCUGGUAGGGUAGAAUCAAGCUUCUUCUUCCGAUGGAUAUGCAAAAUAACAUGCUUUUGAGUUGUACCAAUUGUAAUUGGAAUGGAGUUCUAAACUGAAAUUUUGUAGAUGUUAUUUCAAUUUUCUGUGUGCCA